AUGGCGGAAGCGCCACGCAAUCUGCAGUUGCCUUCAGGUUAUGACGAGGAGUUUGCCGAUGAAGUAGAAGAUGAUUUUCUUUGCUUAAUUUGUCAUUUGCCAAUGAGGGAGCCUAUUCUUACCAGAUGCGGUCACAAAUUUUGUAAUGCAUGUCUUGAGGAACGUUUCAGAAGGUAGGCCUAAAUACUAAGUAACUUUCAUUCCAAACCUUCAGUCAACACCUUAACGAAAAACUGCAGCACUGGUGCGCUUUUCCAUUGAACACAUCGAUCUGAGUAAGAACAUCUCAGUUGACGGAAAGUCAGCAACCCUUAUUUACUAAUGCAAACAACAGACACCUUAGCAGCUUAAUCGAUUUAUUAGACGAAGGCCUUGUCUCUCAAAUUUAUAUUUCAAAUCGAUUAAAACUUAAACUGAUAAAUCAAAUCUGAUACAUCCCACCCAGCUGAUGAUGACCGUUAAAUUAUGUUACUGACGCACAAGUUAGUUAACGUUGUUUUCUUUUAGCAAACAUUUGAAAUUACAAAAUGUGUGUCGUUUCCGUAAAUUGGAGACAAGUAGCCAUUGUUCGAAGUUAUUGAUCUGCUCUGGAAUGCGGAUAUUCUGUCUUUCGUGAUCAAUGCUCAGCAAUAAAUAAGCGUUCCAAUUUCGCAAGCUGGCCUUCGAGUCCUAGCAAAGUAUAAAAACUUGUCAAUUUUUGAAAUGUCUUGAGUUCUGUGGGUUUUAGGCUCGGCAAAUAAAAUCAGCCACAAGUUAGUAGAAAGAAGUUUUAUGAUGGAAUUAAUUAGUAACUAUCUAUCAAUCGAUGUUNGUUAAAUUAUGUUACUGACGCACAAGUUAGUUAACGUUGUUUUCUUUUAGCAAACAUUUGAAAUUACAAAAUGUGUGUCGUUUCCGUAAAUUGGAGACAAGUAGCCAUUGUUCGAAGUUAUUGAUCUGCUCUGGAAUGCGGAUAUUCUGUCUUUCGUGAUCAAUGCUCAGCAAUAAAUAAGCGUUCCAAUUUCGCAAGCUGGCCUUCGAGUCCUAGCAAAGUAUAAAAACUUGUCAAUUUUUGAAAUGUCUUGAGUUCUGUGGGUUUUAGGCUCGGCAAAUAAAAUCAGCCACAAGUUAGUAGAAAGAAGUUUUAUGAUGGAAUUAAUUAGUAACUAUCUAUCAAUCGAUGUUCCUAUUAAUUUUUAUUGAAUAUAGUCAAUUAAUCAUAAUUGUUUCUCACACUGCAAAAUAACAGACAGGAAGUUCAGCGCCAGCGUUACUCUUGUCCUGCAGAUAGAAAAGGCCUGGACCGAGACCGGGUAAAUCACUUCCGUUUGCUUUUUACCUUCUUACGUCUGUUUUUAAUGUUUUUGAUCUUAUUUAUUCUUUUAACGCUUACAUGUAAACUAAAUUACAUAGGCGGAGUCCAUCGGAACGAGCUGUUACAAAGUUUCGAAACAAAGGUUCCAAAUUUUUCAAGCUCUUAAGGACAAGACCAGUUCCAUACAUGUUCUCACACUUCACCCACAUGGUAAUGAUUCCUAUUCAGAACAAUAAGGAAAUUAGAAGUAUUUCAGAAAUUUCGAGCAAGGCUAUCAAUGAUGUCGGUGAUGAUAAUGAUAAUGACACUGACACUGACAAUGAUGAUGGCAAUGAUGAUGUCGCCGAUGACAAUGAUGAUGAUAAUGAUAUUGAUAAUAUUAAUGACGAUGACGAUGACAAUGACGAUGAUGAUGAUGAUGAUGAUAAUGACGAUGAUAAUGAUAGCAGCCUGUUAAUUUGGUUCAGGUAUUUCUCACGAAGAAUGAUCUUGCGCUGUUCGUUUAAUUCCGUUUUUGUACUUUAGGAUGUUUUUCCUGAUAAUGCAGCAAGAAGGAAAAUUUUGUCUUUGGUGAUUAAAUGUCCAAGUGACGGUUGUUCGUGGACUGAUGAACUGAGGAACAAAGAGGUAAAAACCCAAAAUAACAAUUAUAUUCAAGGUGCAAUGGAUUUCAGCAUUUAACCAGGAUUUAACCAAGGAAAAAACGUCACUUUUUCUUUCUUUUUCAUAUAUUACAUUGCUUGUAACAGGCUCAUCUGGAAACCUGCCCUUUCAAAUUUGUUACUUGUACCAACGAACAUUGCCCUCAGAUAAUGAAAAGAGAAGAACUGGACAAUCACACAAAAACGUGCGUGUGGAGUAUUAUGCCGUGUAUGUACUGUAAAGAGAAACAACCAAGGAAGUAUUUGCAGGUAUAUAAAAGUUAUUCAAAAUAACAGAUCUUUAAACAAUGUUGUGUUUCCGGGGGGGAACUCAUAAAGUUUUUAAACGGGGAGGCUCCUUGCCGAAGUCCAACCCCUUACCCUUUUCAUAUACCAUUUUUGGCAGAAAAGGAACCACUUUCCGGUAUACCUUCCAUUCUGGCAAAUGGUACCCCUUUCACAUACCUCGUAUACACAACUCUGCAUUCCUUUUACCUGCUGUAAAUACACUGUUUUUUUUAAAUACCAAUAAAUCACAAAUGCAGAACGUUUUCUCCACUAUUUCACAGCCACAAAAUGCAUCUGUUAGUCCUUUUGGGCCUCUCCACAGUCCGGUAUGACAGACUUCACUACCCUUUCAUAUACUUCAACUAGUGAAAUCUCUACCCUUUUCAUAUACUUAAGGCCUAAAAAAAUGGCACUCUUUUCGGGCGCGGCCUCCCUGUAUAGGUCAUUUCAGCAAGUACCCCCGGGUUUGUUCUUCAAUUUUGCGCCGUAGAGAUGGAUUCUCCAUUUCGUUCCUCCUUGAUUUAGCCUUGUCAUCUGUCGGUACAUAGGGUGUUCUUCACGCGCGCGACCACAGUUAAAUGUCUUUAGCAAUUAUUUUCUAUAUUUUCUGGUAUUUCACUAAAGUAGAAAAAUGAGCAAGUACACGUAACGAAGAUGAUGGUUACUCAGCUUCAAAAGCAGUACCGCCCACACAAAGUGGCUUUUGCAAAAUAUAUAUGAUGAUAGCAGGUAACCAUUUCACCUCUUUCAGACAAAAAGGAAAAAAAGAUACUGGUCAGGUCUCAAACUUUCAAGCAUUUUUUACUGUGUACACUAAAAUUUCCAUCGGCUUACUGCGGUGAACUGAAGACAGUCUUCUGUCUUUAGUGUGUAAGGAUUAAUUAUUUGUCUUUUUGCAGGAUCACCUUAAAACGUGCAUCAAGAUGCCCAUUCCUUGCCCUAACGACUGUGGGAAAGAGAGAUAUCCUAGAGAUAUGGUAAUUGUAUUUUAUCAAUUGAGUGAAUUUCUUGAUGAUAGGGUCAGUCAUCGCAGAGGACUCGGAGCUGUUAGUUGUCGUACCAGUGUUUUAAAGUUCUCUCUGUAUUUUGUACUGUUGAAUGUCUAAAUCUUUUCUGCGUGUGCAUACUUAAAAUGUAAAGCUAUUUCAGGUAACGUUGUCGUAUAUCAAGGUCACACAACACCGCAAGAUCAUGUGGGUAGCUGUAAAAUACAUUCUAACUAAUUUUGUCUUAACUUCACGGCUGCUACUGCCAGAAUAGUAGAAAACCUUACAAACGUAAUUAUUAUAUUAUUAUAGUUGACUUUUUAUAAUAGAAGAAUCGUGUUUCAUGGCUGAGCUUGUGAAUUUUUUAAAUUAAAUUUGCCAUAUUGCUUCGAGGUCUCGUCGCUGAGGCUUUCUGACGACGUUAUUUGAUAUAUAACGGUAUCAUAAUUAGAAGAACUGCGACUGAGACGAUUCAACAAGGUCGUCCCCCUUGCAACGUCUGAUUAAUCAAAGUGGGGGGGGGGGAAUUAUAAAAUAAUGAAAUGCGAAAUCUGGCGUGGCCGUUCUUUGUGUCGUCAAGCAACGCACCUGGUGCCAUUCGCCACUCAAGAAGCGAGAAGGAAACUGCGACGAGUUAACAUUCACAAAGACUUAUGGUAUGUUCAGCUAUUGGCCAAUUUUUAUGUCCUGUAAAAUGUUUCGCCAAGACUUCUGGGACUUUCACUAGGGACAGGACUCGUCCCAGUUUUCUACUCGUUUCUAAAGUGACGAAUUUGACCUCCCCAUCUGGAGAAGCGUUACGUGACGUCAAAGAGAGGUCGAGGACCACAGAGAGGGGGAGACAAGCUUAACCGGUAUUAGAAGCCUUAACUUUCUUUUGAAACACCUUUCUUCAGACCUGAUCUUCUCUUGAGCUAGUAAAAGAAAAAAAAAAUUGUAAUAUUAAAAGUUAUGCGAAGCUCAGGGUUUUGUUUGAUCACUUAUUUAUCAUUUUAUCUUAGAUUCCAAAUCACAUUAAUGACGAAUGUCUUUUGACUAUAGUCUCCUGUCCAUACGCUCAAAUUGGGUGCAAUCAACAGGUUUGCUCUUUAUAUUCUAUGAGAUUGUAAAUUAAGCGGACUGUAAUCAUUACGCAUUGUACGUGAGCAACGGUCUGCCAGAAACUUAGAUAUCAUUUAGCUGUAUCAUCAGGCAACGCCUUUCAGUUUUAUCACCGGUGGCUCUAUUUGUCUCCUGGCACAAUUAUUACUAGGCAAACAGACCUAUGUUUUGCAAAAUGUAUGAAUACAAAUAACAGUUUUGGUUUAAUUUAUAAUAUCAUUUUCUAAGAUUAUCUGUCUUCUUUCUACAGUUACAACGCGGAAAUGUGGAUUCGCAUCUCGAGUCAGCCACGCGAGAGCAUCUUGACUUAACACGUGUUAAACUUAACAGCUCACAGGUUCAGCUGGUUAAACAACAAGUUCAGUUAGAUGAAGCACGAGUUCAGUUAGAUGAGACACAAGUUCAGUUAGAUGAGACACAAGCUCAAUUAAGUUCAACCCAGGCUCAGUUAAAAAAUACACAGGAAACAACAAGAAAACUUGAGGAGAAAUUAGGGGCUCUUCAGACGUAG